AUGCGGAUCUCCCUGCGAAACCCGCCCCGACGGGAAAGCAGUCCUUCCCUGCGAUGGCUCGGCGGUCUCUUCUUGCUCCUCUUCCUGGAGUUGUUCACUACGCUUUGCAGCGCGGCCGACGCAGACGAUACCUACAACACAGCCGUGGCAAAGGGCAAUGCGCUCUACUGCCUCAUGAGCAACACGGAGGAGGGGGCACAGGCCUACAUGGAGACGUAUAAGCCCGGGGUUGCCGUGUCCAGCCCCUGGACCGAAUAUAGCUCCCUCGAAACAUGGGGAUGGCAGCUUUGGCCAGCUUAUACGGAGGGUAGUUACGAGGAUGUUCUGGACAACUACAUGUCCGUCCAACUAGAUAUGGACAACGACGGGGGACAGGCUGUGGAACACCGCCAGAACAAGGAUGUCACUGUUGACGGUACUUUUUAUCCACUCAGUGGAGCUAGAUAUGCCGAUGUUUACUAUCCGGAUGACGGCCUAAUCGUCGCAGACGAAAUCUAUGGCCCGCGCAACAACAAGGAGAUCGGGGCCAAGGGACAACCAUACGUCAAGUUGUCUCAGUGGUCGGAUGUAGCUUGGUUGAACUGGGCCAAAUUGGCGGACGAUGUGACCACCUUGAGGGCCGUCAUCCAGUUCAGUGUCUCCAACGGGGUUUCUGAGGCCGUCAUCGAGAAGGUGGCGAAUGGUCAGAAGAUUGGAGGUUAUAAGGCUCCCCUGAAGCGUGAAGCGGGUACCGAGGAUUUCAAUGCACUGCUGGGUACCCCCAAUGGGUUUGGGGUGGCCUGGCUCCUGAUUAACCACAAGUCGCAACUGGGGAUCAAAACGAUCAAGUCGGUCUCGGUGUUUCGGUCGAAGGACCCAUUGCCGGACGGUGAUCCAGUUGUCAAUAUGGCGUUUGAGAUUGUGGAUUGGACUGAUUCGUCUACAGAGGCGUCUUCUUGA